AUGCGUCUUCUUGAAGUCGCUGCCCUUGUAGCCCUCGCCACACCCAUCGCCGCUCGAGGCAACUUUGACUUCCGAGUCAGCCAACCACGUCGUCUUGUUGCCAUCAAGGAGCCUAGUCCGAAUCAUGUCACCAGCAACACGAUCUCAUUAGGAAGAGCCGACUCGAAAAGCAACUCUCUGAGUGCUGGAUACCUUCAAGCUAUCAGAGCGGGCAAUCACGUAGAUGGAAUAUACUCACGACUGAGAAAUGGGACAGCAGAUCUCCUCUCAGUAGGAGCAGGAAGCGUCUUCCUCGCCCCCCUCGAUGCAGGCGGAGAGACCUUCUAUGUAGUAAUCGAUACCGGCAGCAGCGACACUUGGCUCAUAAACAGCGCCUUCACCUGCGUGGAUCCUACAGACUCUGCCACAAUCCCCGAAGAAGAUUGUGCUUUUGGCCCCACCUACUCUUUAACCUCAACAGCCUCUCAAAUCGACAAUCGCAAUUUCAACAUCUCAUACGCUGAUGGAGAACGCCUCAAUGGACGCAUGAUCACAGAAGAUCUCACAUUCGCGGGCAUAACCGUAGAAAACCAAACAAUGGGCCUAGUCACAGAAGCAGGCUGGUACGGCGAUGGUGCAUCUUCAGGCCUCCUCGGACUAGCCUACUCAACACUGACGAAUCAAUACAACGGCAAUGACCCCACCGCCGACAUCAGAGGCGUCAAUAUCCCUUACAAUCCACUUUUCACCUCAAUGUACGCCCAAGAACUCACCGCACCACUCUUCAGCAUCGCCCUCGAUCGCGACAUCGCCCGCUCCGCUCAAGCCCGCGGUGGCGUCCUAGCUGUCGGUGGUAUCCCAAACAUUCCCCACGGCACCGCAUGGGCAUCUGCGAAUAUUUCCGUGGUGGGCAUCGAUGCCACCACCGGCCAGCCCGAGUAUCAAUUCUACUCCAUCCGGGUAGACGGGUGGGCCAUAUCAGCAAACUGGUCUGCGGAUUUCGACGUCAAGAUGACUGGAAAUAAGAGGAAGGUUGCACUGCUCGGUGCACCUACACGCAACUCCAUCGUCGAUUCAGGAACAUCGCUUAUUUACGCUCCUUCCGCCGUCGCUGCCGCAGUGGCCGCCGCAUUUUCCCCCGCCGCCUCCAUCUCCUCACAAACAGGUCUGUAUCAUGUGGAUUGCAAUGCACGAGUCCCUCGCUUCGGCGUCACCGUUUCCGCAAAGACGUUUUUCGUCAAUAGAUUGGAUUUGAUCAUUGAUACAGGAUAUGGGUUUUGCGUGCUGGGGGUGCAGGAUAAUAAUGGUGGGAUGACUAUAUUGGGGGAUGUGUUUAUGAGAAAUGUUUUGACUGUUUUUGAUGUGGGAGCUGGGCAGGUGAGGUUUUCGGCUAGGGAGUUGCAGUUGACGAAUGGGACUGUUACGCAAUGA